GCCAGCCGGCUCAGGCCCCAGCUGCCGCCGCCGCCGCCUCCCCCUCCAUGGCCGCCGCUCUCGCCGGCUGCAUUGUGGGAAGCUGACCUCACUCGCUGCUGCCACCGCCCCGCCGGCUCCGGCACUCGCCGCCAUGGGGGCCGUGACCGACGAUGAAGUUAUCCGCAAGCGACUUCUGAUCGAUGGCGAUGGUGCUGGUGACGACAGACGGAUCAAUCUGCUAGUGAAGAGUUUUAUUAAGUGGUGUAAUUCUGGAUCUCAAGAGGAAGGUUACAGUCAGUACCAACGAAUGCUGAGCACUUUAUCCCAGUGUGAAUUUUCAAUGGGAAAAACUCUGCUGGUGUACGACAUGAACCUGAGAGAGAUGGAAAACUAUGAAAAAAUCUACAAGGAUAUAGAAAACAGUAUCGCUGCAGCACAUGAGAAGAUUUCUGAAUGCAAAAAGCAAAUCCUGCAAGCAAAAAGGAUUCGGAAGAAUCGCCAGGAAUAUGAUGCAUUGGCCAAAGUCAUACAGCAGCAUCCAGACAGACACGAAACACUGAAGCAGCUAGAAGCUUUGGGGAAAGAACUGCAACAUCUUUCUCACAUUAAAGAAAAUGUUGAGGAUAAGUUGGAGCUGAGAAGAAAGCAGUUCCACGUUCUCCUGAGCACUAUCCAUGAACUUCAGCAAACCUUAGAAAAUGAUGAAAAGCUUUCAGAAGCUGAAGAAUCUCAAGAAACACAGAUGGAAACAGAGACCAAACAGCAGAUGUAAUAGAAGACUACUGAUCACGCUAUUAAGAAUAUCCAAGUGUCUUCACUUGUACUGAAACCAACAGUAAGAGAGAUGGAGCUGAAAAAUAGUUUUCUGCUGCAUCUGUGAAUUGUUUUACAAAGAUAGUUGUUUUGUUUAUGCUUCAGGGGAAACCAGUUACAGAUCUGUGCAGACAGGCACUUUCUGUUAAUCCACCAACUUCCUAAUUUGUGACAAAGAUUUUGUUUUACAAGGGAUGAAGCUUCUGCACAGUACUUGUGAACUCGUGUUUGCAAAACAUAGUCAAUAAAAGGCGUUUACAAAUAGUUUCCCCUUUUCAGUAGGCAUUGAGCCUAACGGUAUGGGCUCCCCUUACUUGACACUGGACUGCAGGCAGUGCAUCUUUGUGUAAGUUCCAGUUUCCAUACCCAAGUCCAGAUGGGACCUAAAACUAAACUAAGUAGGGUCUUAAUUUUUCAAAGUAGCUGCCAUUUUAGAAGUUACCUGUGACUAGACUAGAAUUUCUACUUUCAUACAAAACAAAUUGCUUCUAUACAAUUUGUGCUUGUCAAGAUGUGGAAAACAAUAAAAAAAUCUUACUGGACUAGCUUUACUUUUUUUUCCUUAAGGUCAUGCAAAUAAUUGCAGUGAUGUGACCCUUGCUAUGCUGUGUUCUGUGUGGCCACAUCAAAAGUCACAUUUUGAAAUGACACUUUUAAAACUAUGAUUUAAAAGCUUUGUACUUGGAGAAGUAGGAAUGUAACCUUGUAACCAUUUGUAAUCUACUUUUGGAUUUUAUCUUUCAAGUGACUAUUAGGAAUACAUUGUAGCUCCUGAACCAGGUAGUGGAAGCCUCCCUUUCUCAUGAUGACAAACUGAAGGAGUACAGCAGCAAAGAAUCUCAGAUAUUUUAAUAGGGAGAGUGUAAUCUAUCCACCUGGAUCAUCCUGCAGACUGAACAGUGUUUGGAGUUAGGAAAUACAGGUUUCAACCUUCCCAACAAAAGAAAAGAAUGGAGUAUGCUCUAAGCUUUUGUAAGGCAGGAGGGGGAAGGAAAAAGGGGCACUAGUGGGUCCUGUCACUACCUCUUAGCCAUGUUCUAAAACACCUCCUAAAUGAGGCCUUCCACUGGCUUGCGUAAAGGAACAUGUUUUGGAUCUCACUCAGACUGAGUCAUAGGUGUACGUGGUUGAAGUAAAAUAAUGAUACUACACAGAAUAGUGCCACCUCCUCAAACUAGGUGACAGCUGAGGGGGUUUUCCAGGAUUGUGACUUUGGACUUUUGCAGUCUAAAUGCCAUAUAAUUCCCACUCUUCAGUGGCUGUGUAUCUGUUUUCAUUGGGUUGAACAGGCAUAUCUGAGCUUGUUUAGCUCACAUUCAAAGUUCGCUGAAGGCAAGCCAACUGACCAAGGACUCGCACAGCUUCAGUAGUGCAGUGCAGCCCCAGACUAAUAAACUGUCAAAAGGUUUCUAGUUCACAGCUGGUCAACUCAGAACACAGGGGAAGCUCAGGUUUGAGUCUGUGUAGACAUGCAGUGCUUCUUGUGCACUUCAAAUUUUGCAGACAGUGGGGUGGAUUAGUUAAAGGUCUUUUAGAUGUGGUGCUUGGGGAUAUGGUUUAGGGGUGAACUUUGCAGAGAAGGUUUAUUGGUUGGACUUGGUGAUCCUGAGGGUCUUUUCCAACCUGAAUGUUUCUGUGAUUGUGUGGAAUAAGUAAACAAAAGGGAUUGAAUACAAAAAAAUGCAGUCCAAAUAAGAACAUUUAUUGUUCUAUGUUUUUAACCCUCCUAACAACAGUCAAUAGUAAAAAAUGUUGUGAAGCAGCAACACUAAAUUGCCAAAUCUGGGAGGAGUCACUUUCAUGAAUAUUUGAAUUAUGAAAAUCAUAAAUGACAAAGUCUCAAGACACUUUUAAAGCAUAGUAGCAUUUUAUCUAGAUGCAGAGCUCUUCCUGAGCUACCUGGAUUAUAUAUUGGUGCAGAGGUGGAUGACAUUUACAAGCUAAAAAUGGUAACAGCACUGCCAUGAAAACCUCAGAUUUUUCCUUUUUUUUUUUUUUUAACCCAGUACUUUGGAAUUUUACUUGGAUCACUCAAAUAUCUUCUCUCAGAACUUGUGCUGCUCCAUACAGAACCUGACUGGAAAUAUGCCAAUGCCUGAGCCUGUCCUGCUGGUGAGGAAUGCAUACAUAGAAACAAAAGUUGUACAGGAGAGAAGCUAUAGAAACAUGCAGCAAAGUAAGGGAUGUAUUCCUGUUUGAAAUUACAGUGAUGCAAUCUUGAAAAGCAAUUGCUGC